GCGGUCCUUCGCGGGGCGGCUGCCCGCCCUCGGCCUGACCCCGCCGCGGCGGCCACCGCUGCCCGCCGAUCCCGCCGAUCCGGCUCCCCUCGCCUGGGGAAGGGCGCGGGGGGCGCUCCGUGAGGGCGGUACCGCCGUGUCCCCCCCGGGCGGGGAGGGACGGCCCGUCCGCAGCGCGCGUCACGUGACGGCGGCGACAGCGACGGUGACAGCGCUGGGACCGCGGCCGGGCCGCCACCGCCAUGGGCAUAAAAUUUCUAGAAGUUAUUAAGCCAUUCUGUGCAGUGUUACCUGAAAUCCAGAAACCAGAAAGAAAAAUCCAGUUCAGAGAGAAGGUACUAUGGACAGCCAUCACACUCUUCAUUUUCUUAGUGUGCUGCCAGAUCCCUUUGUUUGGAAUCAUGUCAUCAGAUUCUGCAGACCCCUUCUAUUGGAUGCGAGUCAUUCUGGCAUCAAACAGAGGUACUUUGAUGGAAUUAGGUAUCUCACCCAUUGUGACAUCAGGUUUGAUCAUGCAGCUGCUGGCAGGAGCAAAGAUCAUUGAAGUUGGUGAUACUCCAAAAGACAGAGCUUUGUUCAAUGGAGCUCAGAAAUUAUUUGGGAUGAUUAUUACCAUUGGGCAAGCCAUUGUGUAUGUUAUGACUGGAAUGUAUGGAGAUCCUGCUGAAAUGGGUGCUGGAAUUUGUCUUCUUAUUAUAAUUCAGCUGUUUGUGGCUGGUUUGAUUGUGUUGCUGCUAGAUGAGUUGCUACAGAAAGGUUAUGGAUUGGGGUCUGGUAUUUCCCUGUUUAUUGCUACCAACAUCUGUGAAACCAUUGUCUGGAAAGCUUUCAGUCCCACUACCAUCAACACUGGCAGAGGAACAGAGUUUGAGGGUGCUGUGAUUGCAUUAUUCCAUCUCCUGGCCACACGAACUGACAAGGUCCGGGCUUUGCGGGAGGCUUUUUACCGACAGAAUCUGCCCAAUCUCAUGAACCUGAUUGCUACAGUGUUUGUGUUUGCUGUAGUCAUCUAUUUCCAGGGGUUCCGAGUGGAUUUACCCAUCAAGUCUGCACGGUACCGUGGGCAGUACAGCAGCUAUCCCAUCAAGCUGUUCUAUACCUCCAACAUUCCCAUCAUUCUGCAGUCUGCCUUAGUAUCAAACCUCUAUGUCAUUUCCCAGAUGUUGUCUGUUCGUUUCAGUGGCAACUUCUUGGUGAACUUACUGGGACAGUGGGCAGAUGUCAGUGGAGGUGGCCCUGCUCGCUCUUACCCUGUUGGUGGCCUGUGCUACUACUUGUCUCCUCCAGAAUCCAUGGGUGCAAUAUUUGAGGAUCCUGUCCAUGUAAUAGUUUAUAUAAUAUUUAUGUUGGGAUCCUGUGCAUUCUUCUCCAAGACUUGGAUCGAGGUGUCUGGCUCAUCAGCAAAAGAUGUUGCCAAGCAACUCAAAGAACAGCAAAUGGUGAUGAGAGGCCACAGGGAUACAUCAAUGGUUCAUGAGCUUAACAGAUACAUCCCUACAGCAGCUGCAUUUGGUGGUUUGUGCAUCGGUGCCCUUUCAGUACUGGCUGACUUUCUAGGAGCCAUUGGCUCUGGCACUGGCAUUCUCCUUGCAGUCACUAUUAUUUAUCAGUAUUUUGAAAUAUUUGUAAAAGAACAGGCUGAAGUUGGAGGAGUAGGUGCAUUAUUUUUCUAGAUGUCCAAAUAUUUCAUGGUUUGUGUGAAAGGGAAAGUAUUUUGACAACAUGCCUCAUUUAGUCCAAUAAUGCUAUUUUCUUUUUACUUGUUUCCAAGUGCUACGUGUCCCAUUACUGUAAUGGGCAUUGAGCAAUGCCUGUGUGCAGCGUUAGUACCAGCUGCCUUAAGAAUAAAGUUUACAUUAUCUUGUUUAAGUAUUAUCUAGUGUUGCCUGUAAUGCUGGAAACAAUUCAUCUACCUUGCUGUUCAGACACUACAGUGAGAUGGUAAAAUGUAUCAGUUUGACAGCCCUAAACGUCUUUGCACACAGCAGUAAAGUGUUAAUUUCCCUGUCCCUAAUAGAAAAAAAAAAAAAAAAACCUGAGUUCAGAUUGCCACGUGCCAGUAUUCCUGACAAAAUUUAUUUGUAUCAGUAUUUUACAUUAAUUUUUAUACUUUUUUAAAAAUCUCAUUUCCCCACCACUGAACUCAGAACUCCUUAUUCCUUUGCCAUGCCUCCACCCAGGCACCUUUCUCUGAGCUCUGCGGGUGGGCAAGCAAACAUUUACGGGCGGCUGAUACUCAUCUCACCUGAGAGCUGGCUCUGUGGGGGAUCUGCUGCGGCCAGGGCAGCCGGGUUCUUGCCCCAGGCCUCCUGUGGGGCAGCGGCUGUCACAGAGGCAGGGCAGCCCAGCCCAGCAGCUCUGUUCAACCAUGUACUUGUGAAAACUGUGCCACUGAAACUUCAUGUCCACUUCGCUUUUGUGAGUCUAAAGAAUGAGGCCUGGUUCCUAAAGCAGUUCAUAGGAGGGAAAAGGGGGAACAGGGAGUUCCUGCUGAAAAUUUGUCGCACUUUACAGCGGCGAUGUAACAAAUGUAAGCGUUAGACAAUAAACUUAUUUAACUAAA